UUCAAAUCCGCAGUGUCUUUUUCUCUCUCUAAACUCUCUCUCCUCUUUCAGAGGUCAAAUAUUUCCCCAACUUUCCCUCCUCGCUUUCUCUCUCUACCACCACACUCCAUAACACUCUCUCUACAGUCUGCUCCGCAAGUCUCUACGCUUUGUGCUGAUAGCAGAGGAGGCAUGGACGGAGGUCCACCAUACAACCCUCGUACAGUCGAGGAGGUCUUUAGGGACUUCAAGGGUCGAAGAGCUGGCAUGAUAAAAGCCCUCACCACUGAUGUUGAAGAAUUUUAUCAGCAGUGCGAUCCGGACAAGGAAAACCUAUGCCUUUAUGGAUUUCCCAGUGAGCAGUGGGAAGUCAAUUUACCUGCUGAAGAGGUGCCUCCAGAGCUUCCUGAGCCUGCACUAGGUAUUAAUUUUGCCAGAGAUGGGAUGCAAGAAAAGGAUUGGUUAUCUUUGGUCGCUGUCCACAGUGAUGCAUGGUUACUUGCUGUGGCCUUUUAUUUUGGUGCUAGAUUUGGAUUUGAUAAAGCUGACAGGAAACGCCUUUUUAACAUGAUAAAUGAUCUUCCAACAAUAUUUGAGGUUGUAACGGGAACAGCUAAGAAACAAGUUAAGGAAAAGUCAUCAGUCUCAAAUCACAGCAGCAACAAAUCAAAAUCAAACUCUAAGCGUGGCUCAGAAUCUCAGGGUAAGUAUUCAAAGCCAUUGCAAGCAAAGGAUGAAGAUGAGGAAGGUUUAGAGGAGGAAGAAGAAGAGGAACAUGGGGAGACACUGUGUGGGGCAUGUGGAGAGAAUUAUGCAUCUGAUGAGUUCUGGAUCUGCUGUGAUGUCUGUGAGAAAUGGUUCCAUGGAAAGUGUGUCAAGAUCACUCCUGCAAGGGCUGAGCAUAUUAAGCAGUACAAAUGUCCAUCAUGCAGCAACAAGAGAGCACGAGCGUGAUAGUUACUGGGUAGGUGGGCUCUUCCUCUGUAUUCUUGGAUGGUGGAUUUUGCUAACUGUCUAGUAGGUUAGGUUUGUUCCUUGUCUCCUGCAAUGACAAUGUGUCCUUUUAUUCUAGCAAUUGUCAUGGAUAUUAUGUGUAGGUAGCAAACAUGCAGUUCACUUGAUUCUAGAUCAUACACUCAGGUGGGGAGUCAUUUCCCCCUGCCAUGGUGGAGAGACUUGUUUUAUGUUUGCUUGAUUUCACCUGUAUUUAUAGGCUCAACUUGUGUUUCAGUUCGGAAUUAAGCUGAUGUUUAUCUUAUAUUAUCUGAUUGUUGCUCU